GAGAGCGCCCAGGAGCGCCCCGCCGACGCCCGGGAGCUGGCCGAGGAGCGGGCGUGGAGGCUGGCCGCCGCGCUGCCCGGGGCGCUCCUCGUCUCGCAGGCGCCCCGCCAGGCCGACGUUGCUGCCGACUUCAUGCAGCAGUACAACAAGGACCCCGCACGCGCAGCC